UAAGCUUAAGUUACUAGCUUGAUCCAUCAUGGGGGACAUGGAGGAAGGUGCAAAUGUUCAACGACCACCACUGUUGCGUGGACCAAAUUACAAUUUUUGGAAGGGGCGCAUGAGAGCUUUCUUAAAGUCCCAAGGUGGGAGAGUUUGGAGAAGCAUAGAAACUGGAUGGACAGAACCCACAGAGACCAACACAGAAGGAGAGAAGGUGGCAAAAUCCCUUGAGAAAUACUCAAAGGAAGAAGCAACACUGGCUGAAUGCAAUGAUAAGGCACUAAAUGCACUAUUUGGGGCAGUUGAUAGCUCACAGUACCGACUCAUUUCGAAUUGCACUGAAGCAAAGAAGGCCUGGGAGAUCCUCGAAACCACUCACGAAGGAGAUGAACGAGUAAAAACUGCUAAACUACAAAUUCUUAUGACGAAAUAUGAGAAUCUGUGUAUGGAUGAUAAAGAAAAAAUAGCAGAAUUUCAUGGGAGAGUAAGAGAACUGGCAAAUGAGGCUGAAAAUCUGAAAAGGCCUUUCACAAAAGAUAGUCUAGUGUUGAAGGUACUGAGAGCCUUACCCGAGAGCUAUGCAAUGGAUGCCAAAGCUAUUCGCCAAGCACAUGACAUAAAGAACAUGACACUUGAUCAGCUGAUGGGUAAUCUUGAGACCAUUGAGCUUCAAAUGAACGAAGAAAUUAACCAGAAGAAGAGUGUCAAACAUAUUGCAUUCCACAGCCACAAUACUGAAGAAGAAGAUGAUGAUGAGGAUCCAUCAGAUGGAGAUUAUCAAGAACAGUUAUCCCUCAUCACCAAGCAGUUCAAGAAGCAAUGGAUGCAAAAGAAAGGAAGAACAAAUUAUCAAGCUGAAUCUUCAAAGGGUUUUCAAUUUAGAAAUCCAAGGUCAAAGGAGAGCAAGGCCCCAGCUGAUGACUCCAAACGAAGAGGACCUCAAUGCUUUGAAUAUCCAGACAGCCUCACUAACCGACUUGUGGUGCUGCAGGAAGAGUUGGAUAGCCUUCAUAAAAAGCUUGAUGAAACCAUGCAGCAACUGGAACAGGUUGAAGGUGAAAAGGCAAAUCUAAACUAUGAACUCACUCAACUUAAAAGCUAUCAAAAGUGGAUGAAGAGUGUAGGUGCAGAACAGAUUGAAGACCUCGUAGACAAGUCAAGGUUCUAUGGAGACAGAACUGGCAUUGGUCAUACUCUACCAGAGAGCAGCAAAACACCCCUUGAUUUGUUUGUAACAAGAUCAAAGAUUGCUGCUGAAGAACUGAAAGAAUACAACAGAGACAAGAAGGAAGCACUCCAGCCUACUCACAUUCAUUGCCACCAGCUGAAGUACAGAAGAAGAAAGAAGGGUAAGUCAAAAGGUCUCACUAGAACUGUAAUGAAGUGGAUACCAAAACACAUGGCCUCAAGCGCCAACUCAUGUCUUAGAGUCACACCAGACAAAUGGCUGCUUGAUAGUGGGUGUUUACAUCACAUGGCUGGAGAUAAACAGAACUUAUCAAACAUUCAACCAAUAGAAGGAGGAAAUGUACGUUUUGGUGGCGGUGCACAUGGACAGAUCAUUGGGAAUGGAACACUGCAUGUCUCAGGGCUACCACCAAUCAAAAAUGUAUGGCUGGUCCAAGGACUAGAGGUAAAUCUGCUAAGCAUUAGUCAAAUCUAUGACCAAGGACUGGAAGUGGUAUUCACUCAACAAAAGUGCCGCAUCAAGGACAGAAACAAAUUUGUUGUCUUGGAAGAUGACCAGCUCCAGCACAAGGCAACAGAUGACUCACUAGAGGUGGAUAUCUCUGAGAAAAUGCUAGAAGAAGACACCGGGGAUGAAGAAAUUGAGAAAGGUUCAUCCUCCUUGAAACAAAAUCCAGAAAGUGAGACUGCCAUGGAGCAUGAAGAAGUUCAAAAAGCACCGAAAAAUGGAGACCUGUUAAACAAAGAGCAAGAUGAAGCACCACUCCAUCCAGAUCCUCCUACCAUCAUGUUGCUAGAAUACAAAACAACAACACCCCUCGAGGAACAACACCAACAUGCAGAGGUAGAUGAAGAAUUCCAAACCUUACUGGAUGAAGAACCACUUCUAGCAGUGUCUGAAGUACCAUUCAAGAAGACUGAAACUCAAGACCGCACCCCUCGCAGCUCCAAAAAGAAGGCAAAAGGGCAAAAUCCCGUUCUUUGGUCAAAACGGAAAACCAGAUCUGAGGCAGUCAUGAAAGAAGAGUCUCCUCCAUCAACCAAGAAGACCAGAACAAGCUCUCCAAGUCCAUCCAAAAUGUCAAGGUCAAAAAGGGGUAAAGAUCUGAAUCAUCACUCAGGGAAGUCCUCAACUCAUAUUUUUGUCACUACUCCUGCUAAAUCUUAUUUGCCUGCAAUUAUGAAGAAGAACAUUCUGCCCCAGCAUAAUAUUGAUUUGGAAGAUUUUGCUUUGAAAACCACACUCAUUCCUCUGUUAGAUGCCAGGAACUUUUUGAAAUCAGUUACCCUCCCUGGUUCAUAUGUCAAACAAGUCAUCUAUGAGUUCUAUUGCAAUUUGAGUGAAGAUUUUGUGAACCCUGCUGCUGUGUCUUUUGAAAAAGUGUUUGUCAGAGGAAAACUAUACACCUUUUCGUCUACUGCUGUCAACAAGUUUUUGGGAUUAGAUGAUGAUCAGGAUGCACUGGGUUUUAACAAGAAGGAUGGUGAACAAGAGGAGCCCUUGGAGCCACUAAUGCAGAUUGAUAACCGACAUUUUGAUGGAAAGCAUUUCAAUGACAUGAAGGUAGCUGAUCAGGAAACACAUGGAGUGCUUGGUGUACUCAAGUAUCUGGAACAUAAACUGCAGCAAAACAAGGAAGCACUUCUCCUGGUGGACCGACAGAGGAAAGUUCCUUGAAGAGGAGCGGCGAAGUCUCAUAUGGUUGGCAUUUGAUAUGCUAGGGGAAUGCCGUCUCUUGUAUUGUGGGAAGUAGUGCGCGCCCCGCGUGUUUGGAGUAGAUAAUUUUUGGUGCCUACUACAAAAACCAAAGUGCUUCUUUGGUGGAUCUAAUAAGGUCCAUCUCAUUUUAGAUAAACUUUCAAUCAGUAUGGUGUACAAAAGAAAAUCUGAACCACUUC